AGUCCCACAAAGGGGGUGCGCCCAGCCGGGACAGCGACUCCGAGACAGGAUGUUCGUGUCCAAGUCCAACUCCGUGUCGCCAUCGCCAUCUCUGGAGCAGGCCGACGCGGACGCGCUGGACAUCAGUACCAAAGUGCAGCUCUACGGGGUUCUGUGGAAGAGACCGUUCGGGAGAUCGUCGGCCAAGUGGUCCCGGCGGUUUUUUAUCAUCAAAGAAAGCUUUCUUCUUUACUACUCUGAGAGUGAAAAAAAGAGCUUUGAGACCAAUAAGUACUUCAAUAUACAUCCUAAGGGUGUCAUCCCACUGGGCGGCUGCCUGGUGGAGGCCAGAGAAGAACCCAGCAUGCCCUAUGCCAUGAAGAUCUCACACCAGGAUUUCCAUGGGAAUGUCUUGUUGGCUGCUGAGUCUGAGUUUGAACAGACACAAUGGCUGGAGAUGCUGCAGGAGUCUGGGAAGGUAACCUGGAAAAAUGCCCAGCUAGGAGAAGCUAUGAUCAAAAGCCUGGAGGCACAGGGGCUACAGCUGGCAAAGGAAAAGCAGGAAUAUUUAGACAAGCUGAUGGAGGAGACAGAAGAGCUGUGCCUUCAGAGGGAGCAGAGAGAGGAGCUUGAGCGCCUGAACCAGGUGCUGGAGGCCGAGAAGCAGCAGUUCGAGGAGGUGGUGCAAGAGCUCAGAGUGGAGCAAGAGCAGAUCAAGAGGGAGCUAGAACUCACUGCAAGAUGCCUCAAGGGUGUGGAGCAAGAGAAGAAGGAGCUGAGGCAUCUCACAGAAUCCUUACAGCACACACUGGAGGAACUCUCCAUAGAGAAGAAGAAAACUCUAGAGAUGUUGGAGGAAGAUAAGAACCAACCACAGCCAUUGACCAAUGAGAGUGAGCAGCCACUUGCCAGUGAUGGUCUCCAUAGCAACCUCAGGCAGAUCGAGGAGCGGAUGCAGGAGCUUUUGGCAGAGAAGCUUCUGGCAGAGAAGCGGAUGAAGGAGAAUGAAGAGCGCUCACGGGCUCUGGAGGAGGAACGGGAGUUCUACUCAAGCCAGUCUCAAGCCCUGCAGAACUCCCUUCAGGAGCUGACCGCAGAGAAGCAGCAGGCUGAGAGGGAGCUCAAGGCUGAAGUGAAGGUACGCAUGGACCUGGAGAGACGACUUCGGGAGGCGGAGGCAGCCUUGCGGAGCCUGGAACAAGGGCUCAAUUCCAAGGUUCGAAACAAGGAGAAAGAAGAGAGGAUGCGGGCUGACGUGAGCCACCUGAAAAAGUUCUUUGAGGAAUGCAUCCGGAAUGCAGAGCUGGAGGCCAAGAUGCCUGUCAUCAUGAAGAACUCCGUGUACAUCCAUAAGGCGGCCACUCGUCGCAUCAAGAGCUGCCGUUUCCACCGUCGACGGUCCAGUACUUCCUGGAAUGACAUGAAGCCAUCCCAGUCCUUCAUGACCUCCCAGCUAGAAGCCAACAACAUAGAAGAGCUGAAGGAGGUGGCCAAACGGCUAAGCCGAGACCAGCGCUUCCGGGAAUCCAUCUACCACAUCAUGGCCACCCAGCCUGGGGCCUCUGCUCUCCCCCGGGGUGGAAAGUGAUAGGACUCCUCUCCCAACUCCCACCUUCCCUUGGUAGGGCAGGAGGGAGGCCUGACUCUCCUUGGCUCCUCUCC